AUGGAUCCUUUGAAGUGCUUAAUGGAAAAACUUGUGCAAGAUGGAAAGACUGCUAAAUGGGUCUUGCUUUUGUCAAAAUUUGAUAUUAAGUAUGUGACUCAGAAAUUUGUAAAGGGGAGAGCAAUUGUCAAUCACUUAUCCCAUUGUUCACCAGAAGAAGCUGAAGAGAUUAAAGGGGACUUUUCGGAUGAAGAUAUCAUAGGACUUGAGGUAGAAUCAUGGAAGAUGUAUUUUGAUGGAGCAACAAAUCAAAACGGAAGUGGAAUUGGAGCUCUCUUAAUUUCACCAAAAGGGACACACAUUCCAUUUUCUAGCAAAUUUAACUUUCUUGCCACCAACAAUGCCACAGAAUAUGAAGCUUGCAUUAUGGGUCUACAAGCAGCCUUAGGCCUAGGGGUGAAGGAGUUGGAGGUAUACGGAGAUUCAGCUUUAAUAAUCUCUCAGAUUUAG